GGAGGAAGCGGACUGGAGUCCGGACCUGGACGCGGAGCUGCCAGCUGGUCCCCAGAUCCACCGUGAAGAGGAGAAAGACGCGUGUUGAGGUGUCUGUGCUGUCGGUCCUCCUGCAGCUGCGGAAAGGCCGCUCUGAUGAACAACCACUGAGGAAGAGGAAGAAGAAGAAGAGUGUGUCAGCUCACAGUCAUGGACGCAGAGAGCGGUGAGCUGUUUGUGGGCGGUGUGGCAGCAGACAGCUGGCAGCUCGACGCUCCUUUCUCCUGCUCCGACCUCAUCUACAGCGGCUCAGAGAAACCCCUGCAGGACUGGGCGGUGGACCCCGACUGUAAGCUGAAUGACAGCGAAUCAGAGGACGUCCUUCACGGCGUCGACCCGAACGAGGUGUUUCCCAGCGGGCCUCCUGCAGAGUCCUCGUCUGAGAGCGACAGCGGCAUCUCUGAGGACCCCGUGGUCGAGAGUCCCGUCACUACGGCAACCAGCCAGCCAGCCCCGGCGACCAUCUACCAGGUGGUUUAUGACAUCAGCAGCCUGGGUGGAGUCAAGGCUGAACCUGGACCAGAGAACAUCAUCUCCAUAGAGCUCGAUGAGUGGAGCUCUCAGGUGUUGUUUUCGGACUCAUGCAUCGUGAACGAGCUGCCCGUGGUCUCUGCAGCACGCCUCGAUGGCAGUUUGACUGCCGCCAGCCCUCCCAGCCCCGACGGUGAACUGCUGUACCCAGAGCUCCAGCUGACCGAGGAGGAACAGAAGCUGCUGUCACAGGAAGGAGUUUCUCUGCCCAACAACCUUCCCCUCACCAAGGCCGAGGAGAGAAUCCUGAAGAGAGUUCGGAGAAAAAUCCGUAACAAGCAGUCGGCUCAGGACAGCCGGCGGAGGAGGAAGGAGUACAUCGAUGGGCUGGAGAGCAGGGCAGCAGCUUGCUCAGCACAGAACAAGGAGCUGCAGAGGACGGUGGAGCAGCUGGAGAAACGAAACAUGUCUCUGCUGGCGCAGCUGCAACAACUUCAGUGUCUGAUCAAACAGACGGUCAGUAAAGGAGCCCAGACCAGCACCUGCUUACUGAUCAUCCUGGUCUCUCUGGGUCUCAUCAUCAUGCCAAGUUUCAGUCCGUUCAGCCGCAGCUCAUCUGCUGACGACGACUACAGACCCACAGGAGUUAUUUCCAGGAACAUCCUCACAGACCCCGCCUCCUCCCAGCCGACAGCAGAGGAUGCAGACGCUCCAGCUGCCGAGUCCGACUCCGCGUCACUGCCCUCUGAACUCAGCCAAUCAGGACCUCCCGAUGGCGCCCCCAUCCUCCAAGAACCAAUAGAAAACCCUGAAAAUCCAGGCAUCGAUGGGACGGCUCAGCAGUCGAGCCAAUCGGGGAACAGCUCAGCUCUUGUUGCCGGGCAGACUGAGCCGCUGGCGCUCGGUCUGAGGUCGACGGCGGGGAAAGGACGCCAUGAUCCCGCCAAACCUGCACACGCUGACGAGAUGUAGACAGACUUAAAGGAUUGGUUUGAUAUUUUGGGAAAUAUGCUUACUUGCUUUUUCGUUGAGAGUUAGAUAAGAAAUUCAAAACCCUCUGUGCGAUAAAUAUGAAGCUAGUGCUUAGCUUACCUUAGCUUAGCUUAGCUUAGUUUAGCUUAGCACAAAGACUGUAAACAGGGGGAAACAGCUAGCCUGGCUCUGUCCAAAGAUAACAAAACCCACCUACAAACACCGCUAACACCGGUUCAGACUACACGACAGUCACUACGUCACAUUAGGCGAUUGUGGAGUCAUAACAUCUUGUCGUGACUUUGCUGACAGACAUGACACACUACACAUUGGUGCACGACCAAUUAUCCCUGGUCGUCUUUCAGGAUGUGCAUGAUGACAUUGGAUUAUUCUUGUCCUAUUUUAAGUAUUAUUUCACUCACUAUGGCUGUUCAUGUCCCAGACAAAAUGUUACUGUAGUGAAAGAGCCACCAGGUGGGAGGAGCUACAUUUGAAGUGCUGCAUGCAAAGAAAAUCAAACCUGCCAGACUUUCUGCUGGGACGUUGUGAUGCAUCCCAGAGACGGCGUCCAUUGCUGCUGCUAUGACACACCACAAAUUAUCGCGUAUAACAUUCAUUAGCAUUCACGAUCCGAGCCUACACUGUACGACGCUGCGAAUUUGGCUAAUACCGUGUAGUAUGAGCUCGUUAUAAAGCUCAGUGGUUCAUAUGUUAAAAACCUAAAGUAUGACAUUGCCAAGUUGUGGUUUUACAGCGGGUUUUGAGCCGGCUAACAGUUUCCCCCUGUUUCCAUUCUUUGUGCUAAGCUACGCUAACUGUCUGCUGGCUGUAGCUUCAUAUUUACUUCGCUUACCAUACAGUCACGUGAGUAGCAAAGAUCCUCUCAUGUAACUCUUGGAAGGAGAGGAAAGAGGCGUAUUUCCUAAAAUGUUAAACUGAAGCUUUAAACAUUUUCAAGCUGAACAUCAGCCUGGCUUUUAUUCUUGCAGCCGCUCUGACUAUGUGUCCUGCUAACUUUGCACUCAGCACCUUCAUCCUAGAGAUUCGAGAGACACAGACUCAAGUAACAAAAGUGAAAAGUGGAGAAGCAGCACAAACUUUUUUUGCCAGCUAACCAAACCAUCUCACAGCUUUUGUCUUAACAGUCACGUUACGUUACGGAUGGACAGUCACAGAGUUUCUGCCUUUAAGUGGAAUCCAGACUGGAGUCUACCUCUGCAUGGACUCCAGAUGGCACUGUUCAGAGCAGGAGGCGUCUUUGAGUCACUGGCAAGGAGGUUAAAAAGAGGAGAUGGCAUCUUAUCAUCGGGGUACGACACACGCAGGAUCUGUGGAUUCACAUGUGAGAACAGUUUGUUUUUGGACGGUUGUGAUGGAACUCCAGGAUCCUGUUCAGCUCACAGCUCACCUGAGAUGGAUCCAGUGUUAAGUCAUCCAAGUAAUGAAAUGCCAGUGGUACUUUGAAACGUAAAGAUCCAGUGUGUCCAAUAUUUUCUUCAGUGUAUAAUCAAAAAUAAGAAUUGUUGUGUUUUUAUGACCUUAGAAUGAGACGUUUACAGAGCAGGUCCUCGUCCACAGUCUGCCAUGUUUCUACAGUAGCCCAGAACAGACACAUCAAACACUGGCUCUAGUUGGGGCCAUUCGGGUAUUCACGUCAGCAACCGUAGUUCUCCGACACGCUUGGCACACCGAAGAAGUUUCAGCUCUGGAACCUCACCACUAGAUGCCACUAAAUCCUCCACACUGGACCUUUAAUUGAUGAAAUAGAAAGAUAAUCAGUAAUGAAAUUCAUUAUUAGUUUCAGCCUUGAUCGCUCAUGAAAUCCUAAACACUGUCUGUGUUUGAUUUGAGCUGUUCCUGUUGGUUCGCUUACAAGUCGUUCGUACAGAUGAAUGUUGAUACAACAGGGCUGGUGGCAGGUUUGAAUUAUAUCCAUGAUAAUAACUUAUUUUUCGCUUCUAAAGGGAUUUUUUUCAGACAGAUUCUGGAUGUUUUUAAGGGCCUGUUGACUCUGGUGUAACAUUGAAUAACCCCAAACUUCCUUCUGUUCUUCAGCCUUUGUGGUCUUUUAAGAUCCACAGUGGUGUGAACUCAACAUCGUAUACUGCACAUACUGAUCUUGUUUAAUCAGUGACUAUGAAAUUAAGGGUGAAUAAAGUAAUGUCACUCAGUAUGUUUACAUGACACUUGAAAAAAAAACAAAUUAUUGCCUUAAUCCGACUAUAACUGGACAACUGAAGUGCAUGUAAACGCGUUACUCCGACUAAUAUCGGAGUUCUCCAGCUCCAAUUAAGACACCCAGAUAAUGUGAUUGGAAUUUGAUUUUCUCCGGCAUGUAUAUGCCUUAAUCAGAGUUAAACUAGACAAUGCAUGUGCGCAUGCUCCACACCCCCCGCGACAUGCUGUUGUUGUAGCCCUCUGUUACAAGACACCUAACGUUAUGCCUGACUCGUUACCUGACACUCCUAACGCUGGUAACUGUAACCUUUAAGCUUCGUUAUUUCCCUGCGGUGUGUAGUUGGACUUGAACGUAUGCCUCACUUACCUAAUGUGUGUAGAUCUCUGAGCUGUCUAGGGGGUAAAUAGGUUACUCACCCUUCGUCAGACCCGACCGUUACUGUAGGCGGCCACCCCAACCUGAUGCUUCGGGCGUCCCCUCCGGUCGACGGCCAGGCUGGGCCAGCACAAGCAGCGUUGUUGUGAUUUUAGUUCAUGAACGCGACCCCAGGUCAGGUGAGGUGUGUAGUGGCGUUCCCGGAUCGGUGGAUUUUGUCUCUGGAUUUCUGAAUGUCUGUCGGAAUCUUUUGCAGAAAUGUGGCGUGGCAGUCUGUCGGCGUCUCCAGCAGCCGGCCUCGACUCCAAUCAACCGCCACCUUUUCAGGUCUGUGAGCUCCUAGGAAGGGGAGUUACCCAAUACCCCAAGUGGAACAUCAGCCUCUCCCUGCUUCCUAACUCCACCCCUAACCAUACACCUAGGCCUCCUAAUUAUGUGCCAUAACACUCUCCAACAGCAUACGGCGUUCUUAUCUGCCUCUCGAAAUCACCAUGACCACGAGGGAUAGCGUGCACCUUAUCUGCACAAUCAGUAACGCGUACAUUACGUACGAGAUGAACAAAGCUGUACGAUUAUCCAUCUUGCUGUUGUUCGAAAAUGCCGGUUUGCCGCCUGACUCCAGUUGUUUAUUAUUAAGUGACGUAAUAGGUCAACCGGAAAGGGGGCCGUAUUAACCCGCUGAAAUGACGCAUAUCGCCACCUAGUGUUGAGGAGGAGGACACGUUCCCGUCAGUAAUUCGAUUUUCUCAGUUGCAUGUAAACUGGGACAAGGACAGAAGUCCGAUUAGACGCCAAAAUCGAACUUUGAGCAUAGCUCGAUUAAGCUGUGCAUGUAAACAUACUGACUGUAACGUAACUUUAUUUUAUCCAGAGAAGGUUGGCUGAGCUUGUUUUCACAUUAAUAUACAGCAGUUUAUUCAGUUAGGUGUUACGUGCCUUGUUCCAGGGUGCUGAUGCCCCUUAUCCACCAACACAGAUGGUUUCUGUUCCAGUUUCCACGUCUAAUUUGAACCGUUCAGAGCAUUUCAGCCAGAAAUAAAAAUAUUUAGAGCCAAAAUGUUCGUUCUCAGGUAGAACCAAAAAAUAGCAGAUUUUCCUUGACCUGAAGUGUGAACCGUGACACAUUCUCACUCCGACGUCGUCACAUAUUGACGAUUGCUCACCGACUUUCUGCCUUGAGAUAUGACGUCCAAGGUACUCUGGGUGUGUUAGUUGUUGACGUUCUGGGACGCCGUGUCAACCUCAGCCUGUUACAUUUGUAGUGGUUUAUAAUGCAUAUCAUACAUUUAUUUAUAUAAGUGCAACUUACAGUCCUUUGGGAAGUGAACACCGGCAUCCCAGGGGAAAGUCGGUGGUUAUUGGAUCCAUCCACCCUACGCGGACUUUCACCUGCCUAACUUAGGUUGUUGUCCUGCUGUAUUUCCCCCUGAUGCUCGGUGCUGUAACACGAUAACAGCGACCAGCUGCGUGUCAUGCCAAUGUAAAAGGACAGCUUAUUUUUGUCAGAUGCCAGAAGUCACUGACCAAGUGUCUGUAUUCAAUGACUUCAGUGUGAGACCAGGUUGACCGUGAUGACACCAGCGGGCGUGUCAUAUUUACAGGUUGGAAAAAGAUGAUAGAAUCGUGCACGUAACAGUCCUCUACGUCUUCUAACAGUUGGUCCGUGCUUAUUUUUGGAUAUGAACAAACACCUGCAGCUGAUAACAGCUCGCAGGUAAUCGAUGUGAUACGCCAUCUUGCUACAACUGUUUCCUUCUGUUGUUCUGUUGUGCAGCGCCCUCCAUUAAUGAUGCGUCCUUGAUUCCUCGGCUCACCCUGAGGCGUAGGCUGGUCGUCGAGGUAGCAACAAGGUCCCAAGAAUCCCGAACAGCAGCGGUUAAAGAAGCAGAGCUGGUGGAAGAGGGGUGUGAGUGUAGCUCCUAAAACACUCAGUUUUGGCAUUUUGUAAAUAAUGUUGGAUAUAUUGAACAACAGUUUUCUUUGUAUGAGGGAUGUUUGAGUCUAAUUAUAACUGGUUUUUUUUAACAGAUUAAUUAUUGGUUGCUUCUUUUGGGAAACAAGUGGGUUGGAUUAAUUUAUUUAGGGGCUGCUUUAGAAACAGCCUGGACCCAAGAUAAGAUCAGAUAAAACCAUAACUUUAUUAUCUUAUUGAUACCACUGCAGUGGAGUGACACCUCUCUGUCUCACAGCUUUCUUAUGUUUGUCAUUCAUCUGCUAACACACUUUAUUUGUUGUUAUUUCUUUAUUAAUAAAAGGGAAACAAUCA